AGGAGGUGGUGGUGGUGGAAGAAGAAGAAAAAAAAGAAGAAUACAGAGAGGGUCGUCCCACUUAAGCCAGGCGGGAUGGAUAAGUAUGACGACCUGGGUCUGGAAGCCAGCAAGUUCAUCGAGGACCUCAACAUGUACGAAGCGUCCAAGGACGGGCUCUUUCGGGUGGACAAAGCUGCCGGCAACAACCCUGAGUUCGAGGAGACCAGGAGGGUGUUUGCCACCAAAAUGGCCAAGAUCCACCUCCAGCAGCAGCAGCAGCAGCAGCACGAGGAGAUGCUGAUGGCGGCCCUGAACGGGGGGGCCACCUUCAGUGCCUCCCGGCCCAGCCUGCCGGUGGCAGGGGGUGCCAAGCUGCCCCCCUCUGCCGCUGCCGAGGGUCCGCGUGCGAGGGUGUACGAUGGAGGGGAGUGUGGCUUCAGCGAGAGCGGGACACGUGCUGAAGUCCCAGGGAGCCAAGCUGGGCGAAGGAGCUGGGAAGUGGAGCCGGACAGGAUCCCCAGAGCAGGGGGCUCACGGUCCAGCACGUGUACCGGAGACCUCCAGCCCAGCCGUGGUGGGCAGGAGAACAGCAGUGAGGGCAGGCGGGGUGGUGGGGACCAGAGGUCCUCCUCCUUCUCGCACGCCUGGACCACCUCAGCGCCCUCGGUGGGGACAGAGGAGGGAGUGCCGGCAGCCCUGCCACAGCAAAGGUCCUCUUCCUUCUCAGUCACCUCAGUGCAGCCUGCUCGGGGGGCUUCAGGCCUUGCUGUUCCCGCUGGACCCAGGGCUGGAGGGUACCAGGGCAUCCCACUGUCCUCACCCCCGAGCUCUGCACCUGCUGCCCCAAGCGUGGACUACCAGCACGCCACCGCCUGCCCCGGCCCAGCUGGCCACUUUGUGGCCCAUGGUCAAAACCACCAAUCCAAUGGCAGUGGCAUGACCCCUGAGCUGGGCUCCUCACGCCUGGCCUUGCGCGGGCCGGUGGCUCCAGAUGCUCCACAGCCAGCUUUCCUGGAAGGUGCAAGCGGCCCGCGAUCGGAUACUAGGCACCCAGAGAGCUCCAGCACUGCGAAGGUGAAGCUGCCCUGCCAGACCCUCCUUCCACAGCCGGAGCAAGGACCAUCAGCAGCUGAGCUGAAGCUGGAGGCCUUGACCCAGCGCCUGGAGCAGGAGAUGGAUGCUCGGCCAAAGGCUGAUUACUUUGGUACCUGUGUGAAGUGCAGCAAGGGAGUAUAUGGAGCAAACCAGGCUUGCCAGGCCAUGGGCAACCUCUACCACGACAGCUGCUUCACCUGCGGAGCCUGCAGUCGAAAACUGAGGGGAAAAGCCUUUUAUUUUGUCAAUGGCAAGGUGUUCUGUGAAGAAGAUUUCCUGUAUUCUGGUUUCCAGCAGUCAGCUGACAGGUGUUUCAUUUGUGGUCAUUUGAUAAUGGACAUGAUCCUGCAGGCUCUAGGGAAAUCAUAUCAUCCAGGCUGCUUCCGAUGUGUGGUCUGCAAUGAGUGUCUGGAUGGUGUGCCAUUCACUGUAGACUCUGAAAAUAAAAUCUACUGUGUCAGAGAUUACCACAAAGUUUUAGCUCCGAAAUGUGCAGCAUGUGGACUUCCCAUUCUGCCCUCUGAGGGGUCUGAUGAGACCAUUCGGGUUGUGUCCAUGGACAAGGAUUACCACGUGGAAUGUUAUCACUGCGAGGACUGUGGGAUGGAACUGAAUGAUGAAGAUGGACAUCGCUGUUACCCGCUAGAUGAACAUUUGCUUUGUCACUCCUGUCAUCUGAAACACGUAGAGAAUGGCACUACGCCAGCAUCUGUGUACCAGCACCACUACUAGCCAGCAUGGCCAACAUGAGAAAGCCUGUACAGAAGACUUGUUAUGUGAUCUUCCUCUCCUCACCCUCAGCUGAUUUCCUGUGCAUGUUUUUUGCCAGUCGGCACUGUUCCUGUAAAAGGAUAUGAGAGAUUUUUGCUGGAUUCCUAGAGUCUGUGUGCUUGUGACUUCCAGCUGUAUCAAACCAUGUCUACAUGUGGCAUGUUAUCUAAACUGAUCAGUGUACUCUUAUGUGCCUUUUUCUGCUCUCUGGAGAUUCCUCUUGGCUCAUUCUGGAAGAUUCUUCAGUGAAAGCACAACUUGCUGUCGUGCCUAUGAACUCAGAUUGUGCCUUGCACACUUAAAAAGCCAGGGGCUGACUUGCGGGCCUGGCCUACCUGCCGGGGACAUCCUAUCAGUCUACUGAGUGUUUCCUGACAAGCACAUUUCAUCAUAUUCCCUGAAGGACACCAACCUUUUAAUACGAGUUUUUAGACACUUUCUCUUUUUUUACUUCUUUAGGAAAAGAAAAGAAAGGAGCCUGUGCAAAAUAGCGUGCUCAGACCUUCCAGUUAAUUCCCUGAACUUCAGUAUCAAAUCUGUCUGUAAAACACCAGCUCUCCAAGCAUAAACCAGGCAUGCUGGCUGGCAGGUGGAGGCCGACAUCCCAUUUCAAACAGAACAAAAAAAUGGAACAAGCCAGGCUAGGCUGUGACUUGGGGCCUGCACUUGUGAGUCAGCAUAAUACACUGGGGUCAGUCUGCUGUGUCAGAGUCUGAAUAGCGGAUUAUAUCUGGAAAGGAAAGGUCAUGAUGCUGAAAGCGUGGACAAUGGGAAAAUCCAGUCUCACUCUUGUUUGCAGAGUUUGCUUUGGAAAAAAGCUAUCCAUACUCAGAUGCUUGCCUGAGUUUUUCAGCUUGUCCCCACAGCUCAGCCCCCAGCCUGGCCACUCCUUUCCAUGGUGUUUACCCAGCACAAAGCCAUUUCAUAAUGGUGCUUAUUUAGAGCUCUGGGAACAAACUCGAGAUCAUUAUGAAGGCUUUGUUACACAGGGAUUUAGAGUCCAGCUCCACAACCUGUACUCAAAUAAGUACAUUGAUAUAAACAGAUUUCCUCCCAUGAAUAAUAACAGCUUAUCUGAGCAAGGGUUUAGCGAGUUUGGCCCUUGCUUUCUGUUCUGCUGAGAAAGCAGACAGGCAGAUUUUUUUCUCUUUUUGACCCCCCCCUUGCUUUAUAGUCAAAACAUUCUGCUCCCCCAGUGUGUUACAUAUAAGAUAGAUGUGAUGUGCCUGCGGUGCAUGUUCUGUAGGUACCAAAGCUGUGCAGCCUCUUGUGUACAGGUACCAAGUUUUUGUUUAAGAAAAAGCUUUUAUUUUAAAGUCUCAGAUGCAAUCAGGGAUCCUACCUACCUUUUUUGACGUAUUGUGUGGAAAACUAGUUAAAUCUUUAUGUAUCCAUUCUAAAGAUGUACACUCAGCUCUGAUUGAUAGAGCACAGGAUGACAUUCUUGAGGAUCUUUUUAGUGACGAAACUACAAUAAAGUAGCUGAACAGUGGCACUGGGACUGGUGACAUGAGCCUGUGCCGAGAAUCCACCUCUUUUCCCGUAGCGUGAAUGUAGCUAGAUGGGUGCUUGAACUUCACACCAUGUAGUCGGACUGCUUCACGUUCCUGUCUGGAGCAGCAAAGGUGCUGCCUGCAGCAAGCUGCCUGUCUCUGCCUGUACUAAUAAAUACCACAGGCCACUGUUUCGAGUGAUGCAAGUUGCUGUGCUAGCUAUUAAAUGGAGGCACAAGGAUCUGCUGUAAAGCACAUGGAGACUAGUGGCCUUUUAGCACCCUCCUACACCUCUGUAUUGGCUUGCCUUGGCCAAAGUGGGAACAUCUGUAGCUGCCCAAGCCUUGGGAGCUUGUGGUUUUGGCAUGGAGUUUGAUUGGGCCAGCAGACCAUCCAGCCUUCUGCCCCAUCCAGCUGCAAGCUCCUCCGCCUGUUGCUGCUACACUUCGGUAUGGGGAUGAUGGUACACAGCUGGAGGUCAGUCCUGCACUGGAAAUCAUCCAGAGCCCCAGUUUUCAUAUGGCUUGCGUCUGUGGUGCCAUUUCUCCUGGGGACAUGUAAUCCCUCAGUGAGUCACCGAAAUCUCUAAGGCAGGUGACUUCCUCACUGCAGUAUGCAUGGCUCUGGGGCAGGUGUAAUUUGGAGAGUUUUAGCUGUGAUUUUAGAGGAGGUAAAAUUGACUCCAAAUAUGAGAGCUCCCUGGAGCUUUAAAUUUGGCCUCCAAACGCUGGAUAGUGAAGAGAUGGGAACCCACACAAAAUAUAACUGGUGCUGUAUCCAGACAAUAUGGACUGAGGGCAACAAAACAGCCAGGGCAGAUCCUGCAGUGCUCUCACCUCGCAUGCUGUGUCAGCUUGUGGCCUGCAGCGCAGCUGGGCCCAAUGAUGGGUGUCACAAGAUGUGACUGUGAUGUUAGGAUUGUCUGAAGGAGUUGAGGUGGGAAAUAACACCUGGUAAAUAAUUCAGGUGGUCCUGGGCAGGCAGUUCCCCUGUCUGAGCUUCUGUGGCAGCAAAGGCAAUGAAGUAACAGUGGCUUCUGGAAACAAGCAGGAAACGCCAUCCCUGACCUGUUGUUCGUUCUGUUUGUGAAAGCCCAGUUACUACAUGGCUCAUGCUUUUGCUGGCUCUUGAUUUUUAGAGCAGCCCCUCAAGACCAUUUUCAGUUCUCCUUUAUAGGAAGAUCUGAAAAACACUAGCAGGGCUGAUAUAUCCUUUCUAAGCUGCAGUUUAAACUACUGUCUCACUUUUGCAGCCUUCAUUACAACCCCAAAAUAAGCAGACAAGGGGAGGGCAGUUUUCCUUCUGUGGAAAGCCUCAGCAGCCCGUUUGUGAAGCUGCCUUUGUAUUAACAGAUAAGUUUGGCCUCUGCUCCCACAGGGUGUCUUGUUACUCUUGUCAGGCGUCCCUUAUCCCUCAGCACUGGGGAAAUGAAGGCUGUCCUACUUUCAGUUUUGAGGUCCAGUAUAAAUUAUUAAGUGCGAGUGCUUGCCUUUCCUUUAUUUACGAAGAGCUAAAGAUGACAAUGUGAAGCUAUUGAAAAUGGAGCGUGUGAGUUGUUAGUUUUGAAGUUCAAGUGUCUGCUGCCUUGCCCUGCCUCCCCUGUGCGUGGCAACUUGCUCCGCUUUUAUAGCUGGGAGUUUUAAUUCAUUUAAGCUCCUUAUUAUUCCUGCCUUUUCUCUUAGGCUGUGGGUGUCUGAGUCCGUGUUGCUUGGCCCUGGCUCUGCAGCUGUACUGAUGGUGAGUCUGGUGGAGAGGCAGGGGCAUUCUGCACAGGGAAGGAUCCUCCUGCUUCUGAUUCCCCGGCCAGGCAUCUGUGGAGCUGCAAGCCCUCGCUACCUGCCUUCAGGCAGCUCCCACAAAGGGAAAAAAUGGGCAGGCAGGUAGCUCUGGAGCUGGAGGCACGAGGCCUUGCACACCUUGCAGAAUAAUACCAGAAUGUGUUAAAUUCUCCUUGUCACUCGGCUGACAGACAUUGAAUUUUGCUGUUCACAUGAACCUUGUUGUCUUUUUAUUUAUUAAGAUGUGGAAACGUGCUAUGAAAAGUUAGCCUUUAUUCAUCCCUCAGUGUGCUUUUCUGACUGGUUUUAUAGUGAGGGACCACUGGAAGUCCCAUUGUGCUGGUAAUGAGUAACUUACAUGCAAAGAGUUAUUCAAGUGAAUUCCCUGAAACCUGUUUUCAGGAGCCAGAGAUUAAUAGAUUUUUUUUUUCUUUUAGAUCAUGCUGUUAAAUUUCUAUUGUUUAAAAUGCAGAAACAUUUAAAUAGGAAUUUUUGCAUAAAAACCUGGGGAAGACCCCCAGUUAUAGAAGCAGCAGCAACUUUUCUGUAAUUUAAAGCAUUAGAAACACCUAAUCAAAGUUGUUUAGGAUACUGCGCUAAUGUUAAAAACAAGGAAUGGCAUUUCCAGACACCCUAGUGAGGAGCUUUUGAUGAGGUCUGUGUGCCUUCAGUUUCUGAGUUUCAUUUAAGGGCUUUUAAAAUGUUUUCCCAGCCUCUCAGGGUUUAAAUGAGUUUUUUUUGCUACGAAGUGGAUAGCUCCUUGGUCUGGAAAUGGUGAGGUCUCAUCAGUGUCAGCUGUGCUAUGGCAGAGGUGAAAGGGAGAAACUGGGCUUUUAAGAGCUGGUAUGGGUCUGUUUGACCAUUUGAAAGGAAGGGGUAUCUUUGGCUGCUGAGAGAAGAAUGUAACAUAUCUUCCAGUGCUUUCUUGUGCUGAUUUAUAGCACUGGGUGAAUAUUUGGCAUCCCUGAAUUUUAGUAUUUGAGUCUGUUCGUAAGCACUGCUGCAACUGCCUCCUCUCCCUCCCGUGAGUUCAGAGCCCAGGGGUGCUCUUCCUCAUUAAUUUAGUCCUGAUUUUGCACGUCUGUCUUUCCCUGGAAAUGUUACCACUUCGUUAUUUAAGUAACAGCGAAACCUGGUCCUUCCUUAAAGGAAAAUGGACACACGCUCUCCAUCCAUACUUGAAUGCUUUGACCUGAUCCGCCAAAUUACCUGAAUAUCAGCCUGCUGCUGGUCGAUGCAAGCGGCAGCUUUGUACGCCGCUGCGGUUGCUAAGAAAAUCACAUGAAGGGCUCCAUCUGCAUUAAACAAAGUGCAGAGGCAGGCAAUCCCACUGAAACCAGUAAGGCUGCAUGUGUACAUGAAAAUCAAUGUGUGUGCAUGAGUCAGUGAUUGAUGAAGGGCAGACUGAUUUUAUUACAGACAAGACAUACCUGUGGAUGAAGCUGCAGUGGUGUAAAAGUUGCCUUGAAAAGAUCACUGAAAGGCACUGUCAUUUUUUUUGAUUCAAGAAGCAAAAAUAUGUACUGAAGCAGUGGGGUUGCGUGAAGAAAGAAGAACGUGACUUUAAAAAUACAGUAGCUGUAGGGAAAAGAGGGAGGGUGAUUACAGAGAGCAGGGGAGCAGGUGGCAUGGAGGAGAUUUGCUCUUAUUUGUUGUAUUCCUGCACAUUUAUUAGUGGGGGGUUUGAGGAGAACCGCACUUGAAAAUGCUGAUCUGGACCGUGCUUCUCCAUGUUGGCCUCACCUGCGUGCUCUGUGCCUGCUUUUGGGAUUGUGUGCACUGUCGUGUCUGUGCACAUGGACGUGCAGCAUGUAGUGCCUGUGAGAGACCUGCCUUUCACACCUCUGUACGCCUGCCGAGUGUUUGUAGAUGCAUUUUGAGCAACCUUCUGUGCAUCGGCAAAAGGACAACUUGAUCCAGGCUUAUUGCUGGAGUAGCAUCUCUGGAGCCAAUACCUGCGGGCAGGGAAGGGCUAUAGCCAGACACGCAUCCUUUUUCCCCCAUCCUUUGAGGCCAGGCACCUGUGUCACUGGGAGGGGUUUUGCCUCCCUCUUCAUACUGCAUUUUGUGUUUAUUUUUCUUUUCUGUCUCUGUGUCCUGCCGCUUGCUGGCUGCAGUGGCACGAGGUGUACUUACCAGAGCCAAUCAGGCAGACAUCUUCCUGCCAUGAGGCCAGAGCUGCUCACCCAUGCUAAGGAAAGAGGAAAUUAUGUUUUUCUGAGCAAUAAAAACCCUCAUCCUGCUUUCUUCCAGGGCAGCCAGAAGCUUGCGUGUCAAUAUGCAUCAGUAGCCCACUAAGACAACAUGAGAGACAGAAAGAAAAUGUCAUCAUGUGAAAAUACGUGGUGUGGAGCCCCUGAAGGCAGAUGACAGGGAUGCAGGGAUGAUCAGGCUGCAGUUCCCAGCCUUGCUGGCACCAACCCUCAUCCCCACGCAGCAGGUCUGCAGUGCACGGCCAGAUAGGGACCCUGGUGCACACGCGUGGGCUGUGGCUUUCUGUAUCUGGCACGCAAAUCCAGAGCCUGGCUAACGAUACUGAACGGUACUAAUUAUUUUGUUUAUGUUUCCUUCAAGGCUGAACUCCAGGAGAGAGUAUUUUAGGAUUUGUACUGGUAUAACUAACCUUAGCCACCUGUGAACACAGUCCUCUUUUAUUCUGCGCUGUUAAAUAUUUAUAAAAAAUGAAGGCUGGCAGCGAGGGUAAAGCCGCUGGCCUGUUGUGACUUCAGUGAUUAAAGACAAUACC